AUGUCUAGCGUAGCAAUAAACAUAGCUCAAAACUCGAUUCCGAGAGAUCACAUGCCAAAUACAAAGAUAGAUAGCAAGUUAUAUGAGUGUGUGAAGAAGGACAACAUUGAAGAAUUUGAAAGCCGCAUCCAGCAACGGCAGAACAUUCUUCAUGUAGCGGCCAAAAAUGGAAAUGGCAAUGUGGUUAGGUAUAUACUCAAACAGGACCGGAAGCCCGACGCACCGCUGCUAAAUGCGAUAGAUGAGGAUGGAAAUACACCUUUGCAUUUGGCAGCAAGGUAUGGCCAUUGCAUGGCUACAUUUCUUCUUGUGAGUGACAAUCGCGUUGAACGUUUCAUUGUUAACAAUAGCAAUUGGACACCAUAUGAGUUGGCUGAAGAAUUUUCCGAAAGAACUGAAGAGAUAUACAUAAAAACAGAUGAAAUGCGUGCCAAGGAACGAAGGCAGUUUGAUUCAAAGAACACUACCCCUGCGCCCGAGAUCAAGAAAGAAGUUGAUUCAAAUAAGAUGGAUACAGAAGAGGCAUCACCAAAGGACGAAAUGGCGGUUGGGUAUUUUAACUUGUUGAUAACAUUAUCGAUCUUAUUCUUCAAUGCCCGCCCUAAGAAAUCCCUCAAGGACCUUUUCCCUGUUACUCGACUACCUAUGUCACGAGCAAGAGAGGAAACAAAGGCCAUGAUAGGGAAUGUUCUAGUGGUAGCAGUGCUUGUUGCUGGUGUAACCUUUGCGGGUGUUAUACAACUGCCACAAUCAAGGGAUAACAAUAACUCAAGCCAUCGUCUUCAUGAAUUUAACAGCACUUAUACAGCCUCCCAUUACAUCAAUUAUGAGCAUCUUCUGCGUGGUUAUUUAUUUCUCGAUGUGGGGGCUUUAUGUAUCUCUGUGGUGGCAGCUCUAUUCCUUCUUUUGCCACUCGUUCAUUAUCCCACAUUUCAAAUCUCUGCAGUUGGGUUUUCAAUAUUCAUGGUUUGUUCGGCUAUUUACAUGAUGUUCGGGGCAUUCCUUUUGUGUGUGAACAUAGCAUUCACAGGAUCCCAUCGUUGGUUGUUAACAAUCAUCAUUACAGGGGUGGCCGUUGUUUUUCCUUCGGUUAUUUCGCUAUAUUUCAACAAAGUUCGUCUACAGGUUCUCUUGCACUAUUUCUACUACGGCCUUUUUUUACUGCUUAUCUACAUUAGGGGCUGGCGGCUGCCUAAUAAACUCUCUGAUCUCAAGAGAAGGCACAAUCUCUAGUAAGUUCAGAGGUCGGGAUUUUGGGAUCGAUAACAUCUUGGAUUGUGUCUGUCUAGCGAUUGUGCAUGGUAAUAAUUUGAACUUGUAAUCACUCUUGCGUUUCCAAUUGAAUGUAUGCGCACUUCUACUCUUUUUUCUU